GCGUUGCAGAAUCAUUAUUCUAUUUUAGAGACAAAAACAUGGCAAGAUCGCUCAAGAAACCAGCCAAGUUUAGCCUACGACGAGUCCGGAUCAACUCACCGUCCAUUAGGUUCAAACCUGACUCCAGUUCCAUAGAGAGAGACCAAAGAAUCGAGUUUCUUGGUCAAAAUGCCGAUGAUGCUGGAUCCACAGGAGAAGAAAGCAAAGUCCAAAACAGAGAAAGCGAAGAGACUGAAGACAAACAAGAAGAAGAAAUCGUCAAAGUAGUGAUAAAAGAAGAGAAAAAAGAGCAAAAAGAACAAGAUGACGUCAAGAGCUUUCAAGAUGGAGGCGCAGAAGGGAAGAAAGAGGCGGGAGUAGCGGUUGAGACGGCUAAGGAGGAGGAGACUGAAGGGGGAAACAGAGUAAUGGUGGUGGUGGAUAAAGCGCUUGCUUCUACAGGAGCUUUAGAAUGGGCUAUAACACACACCUUACAACCACAAGACACACUCUUUCUGCUAUAUUUUGCACAACCAUUUAGAAAAGGGGAAAGGAAGAACCGAAAACGGGAGGUGAAAACUGAUGAACUAGUCCACACUCUAAAGAAACUAUCCCAAACGAAACGGCCAGGGAUAGAAGUGGAGAUAAGGAGGCUAGAAGGAAAAAACAAAGAGAAAGGAGCAAAGAUAGUCGAAGAAGCAAAGAAACAGCAAGUGACUCUUUUAGUAGUUGGACAAGAGAAGAAACCUCCUGUAUGGAGGCUACUGAAGAGAUGGACUUGGAAGAGACGCCGUGGACACGCCGGUGUUCUCAAAUACUGUCUCGAAAACGCUUCUUGCAUGACUAUAGCUGUUAAACCAAAGAAGCGCAAGCACGGUGGUUACUUAAUCACCACCAAACGCCACAAAAACUUCUGGCUUCUCGCUUAAUGAACACCAACCUGCAAGCUUUUCAUCCUUUAUUUUUUUUUGUUUGUAUCAUCAAA